AUGAGACUUGCUCAAGUUCUAACUCUUUUAUUGUUCAUUAGAUUAACUCUGGUUCAUGGAGCCAGUAGCAACGCCAAGCAUUAUAUUGUAUACAUGGGGGAACAUUCUCAUCCCAACUCGGAAUCUGUUAUCAGUGCUAAUCAUGAAAUGCUUGCUUCAGUUACUGGAAGUUUGGAAGUAGCAAAGGAAGCUGCACUUCACCAUUACAGUAAAAGCUUUAGAGGCUUCUCAGCCAUGCUCACACCAGAACAAGCUAAAAGAGUUGCAGAGAGCGAUGGGGUUGUUUCUGUGUUCGAAAGCAGGACAAGUAAGAUCCAUACAACACGUACAUGGAAUUUUCUAGGAAUAGAUUCCAUUCAACAAUAUAAGCAGCUUCAAAUGGACUCAUCCUCCAAUGUUAUUGUUGGUGUCAUUGAUAGUGGAAUUUGGCCUGAAUCAGAGAGCUUUAGUGAUCAAGGAUUCGGUCCUGUGCCUGACAAGUUCAAGGGAGAAUGUGUAACUGGAGAACAGUUUGCAUUGUCUAACUGCAAUAGGAAAAUUAUAGGUGCAAGGUACUAUUUCAAAGGGUUUGAAGCAGAAUAUGGGUCUCUUGAGUCUCAAGGAGGCACUUUCUUCCGGUCAGCUCGAGACAGUGAUGGUCAUGGAACCCACACUGCAUCAACCAUUGCUGGAUCGGUUGUAGCAAAUGUCAGCUUACUUGGCAUGGCUGGGGGCACUGCAAGAGGUGGUGCUCCCAGUGCCAGGCUUGCAAUCUAUAAAGCUUGUUGGUUUGGCCUUUGUAGCGAUGCUGAUGUUCUCUUGGCAAUGGACGAUGCUAUUAGUGAUGGUGCCGAUAUCCUCUCUCUUUCCCUCGGCCCUGAUCCACCGCAAUCUAUAUACUUUGAAGAUGCCAUCUCCAUUGGAUCUUUCCAUGCUUUCCAAAAAGGAAUUCUAGUUUCCUGCUCAGCUGGAAAUUCAUUUUUUCCAGGCACUGCAAGUAAUGUUGCUCCUUGGAUCCUCACAGUUGCUGCAAGUUCUGUGGACAGGAUCUUCAACUCUAACAUAUAUCUUGGCAAUUCAAGAAUUUUGAAGGGUUUCUCUUUAAACCCUCUGAAAAUGGAAACCUCAUAUUGUUUGAUAGCUGGUAGUGCAGCAGCUGCCAAAGGAGUUCCACCAUCCAAUGCUAGCUUUUGCAAGAACAAUACUCUAGAUGCUACUUUAAUCAAGGGGAAGAUUGUGGUGUGCACAAUUGAGACAUUAACUGAUAACCGAAGAGAGAAAAGCAUAUUUAUCAGACAAGGUGGCGGAGUUGGUAUGAUACUUAUUGAUCCAUUGGCGAAAGACAUUGGUUUCCAGUUUGUGGUCCCAGGUACUGUAAUUGGUCAAGAAGAAGCAGUACUGCUACAAAAAUAUAUGGAAACUGAAAAGAAUCCAGUAGCCAAAAUCUACCCAACAAUAACGGUUCUAAACACUAAACCUGCACCAGCAGUUGCUGGAUUUUCUUCCAUGGGACCAAACAUUGUAACUCCAGAGAUCAUUAAACCGGAUAUUACAGGACCUGGACUGAACAUUCUGGCAGCAUGGUCUCCAGUAGCAAUUGAAGCCACUGCUGAACGUUCUGUCAAUUAUAACAUUGUCUCUGGAACUUCAAUGUCUUGUCCUCAUAUAUCUGCGGUUGCUGCAAUUAUAAAAUCUAUCAAACCUUCAUGGAGUCCAGCAGCCAUAAAGUCUGCAAUAAUGACAACAGCUACUGCCCUUGAUAACACCAAACACCUGAUUGGAAGACAACCUUUUGGCAAUGAGACUACGCCUUUUGACUAUGGAUCUGGACACAUAAACCCAACAGCAGCACUUGAACCUGGUCUAAUUUAUGACCUUGAUUCAACUGAUAUCAUCAAUUUCCUUUGCAGUAUAGGUGCAAGCCCUGCACAACUGAAAAACCUCACUGGCCAACUAACUUACUGCCAAAAUCCUCCUAUACCAUCCUAUAAUUUAAACUAUCCUUCAAUUGGUGUGUCCAACAUGAAUGGAAGUUUAUCUGUUUAUCGAACAGUUACAUAUUACGGAAAAGACCCGACGGUUUAUUAUGCAUAUGUAGACCAUCCAGUUGGUGUUAAAGUUAAGGUUACACCUUCAAAACUUUGCUUUACAAAGACUGGAGAGAAGAUGAGCUUCAAGGUUGAUUUCAUCCCCUACAUGAACAGUAGUGGAAGCUUUGUCUUUGGGGCUUUGACAUGGAGCAAUGGCAUUCACAAAGUUAGAAGUCCUAUUGGUCUCAAUGUGCUCUCUGUUUAGGGAGAAACUAUUUACUGCAUCUUUGAAUUUGAGUUCAUGUAAGUUCAAUUUCCUCAUGGACUAUCCUGUUCAAAGCCUUUAUGUGUA